GGAGGGCGGCACAAGAGAGAGAGAGACGGAGAAAGAGGGAGACAACAAGAAUGGCAUCACAAGUACCUGGUGGUGUAGCUGAUGUUGCAGCUGUCACUUCUGAGAUUCAGGCCAUUGUCCAGUGUUUGAAAUGCUCAGUUGUGGAAAAGUUGAAUCGACCUCUGCAUGUUUAUCACGCAAUCUCAUAUCGCUCACAACUGGUUGCUGGAACAAAUUACUUCAUCAAGGUUGUGGUUGGAGAUGCCAAUGAUUACAUACACAUGCGGGUGUUCCAACCACUGCCCUCUUCUGAUGAGAAACUAUCACUGUCGGAUAUCCAAACGAACAAGAAGCUGUUUGAUGAACUGGAGACCUUCUAGGAAAGGCCCAGCGCAUUGCCUGCGUCUCCCUCCCCUCACGCUCAAAUACCAUUUAUAAGCAAACUCCCCGCUUUUUGCCUCCCUUUCCCUCUUGACCACUGGACUCUCCCUGCCUCACAGCUGUCCCUCCCCCAAAUACACUGGAGUGGUUCAAGAAGGCAGCUUACCAUCAUCUUCUCCAGACCAAUUAGUAACAGGACAACAAAUGUUAGCUUGGUGCUUAUUACUAAUGCUCCACGGGAUUAAUAAUUCCAACACAAAAAUCCUAUUCACCGUUCUCACAAAACAUCUCCAGCUAGAAAAGCCUUAAUGCUGUGCUCAUACGAUCUUGUUUUGUGUAAAGCCACCCCAGUCCCCAAACCUCACAGGAGAUCUGACACGGCAUGCCCCUGGAAAGCUAAUCAACUGUAAUUGCAUCGCAAAAUAUUCAAUAAAAGCAUCCUGAUGCA